AUGGUCCAAGUGCAAAAUGCAACAGAGACGUUUGCGGCGGGCCGGAACAUCGAGGGCCCAACCAUCAAGCGGCUACUACGGCACACCGCCAUAAUUGGUAUGCGAGUUCCAGAUAUCGUUCUCCCAGAAAAUGCUGCUGCGCGCUCAGGCCAGAGCAUUAACCGUACGGGAAGGCUGCCGCGGCGGCCGUUCACCAAGUCGUAG